ACAGGUUUAAUGUCAAAGUUACAUGUGUGUAGGCUUUUUAUUGUUUACCAUGGACUUCAGGCUCGCACUCUUCAUAACUGUCCUUUCCGCACCAUUAUCUGUCUUCUUGUACAGACAGAUCCGUGCGUCGCUCGGGGACAUCCAACACACGCCCGAAGAACGGACCUUUACUCCUGCGAGAUCUGGACCGGCGGCGCAAGGGGGACAAACAUUCCCUAAACCCGUGUACCCGAUCGACGCUUUCCCCGGAAGCAGGCAGUUCAAGACUGUGUAUGGAACAAUCCAUGUGUUCGAAUGGGGCCCUGAGGAUGGGGAAAAGGUGUUACUGGUGCACGGCCUUGGUACACCCUGUAUAGCAUUGGGUGAUAUGGCUAAAGAGCUAGUUCGCAAAGGCUACAGAGUCAUGAUUUACGAUCUGUUUGGUCGGGGCUACUCCGAUGCGCCGAAUGACCUCGUCUUUGAUGCGAGACUCUACACCACGCAGGUUUUGCUUGUGCUCUCUUCGUCCCCGCUAUCCUGGACUGGUACCUCUGCCUUCCACAUGAUCGGCUUUUCCCUCGGUGGCUCGAUCGCCGUGGCUUUCGCCGCCUACCAUGCGACGAUGCUCCGCUCCGUAACUCUGGUGUGUCCAGGAGGCCUCAUCCGCACGUCGCACAUGAAGUCCCUCGACAAAAUUCUAUACUCCUCUGCUAGGGUUAUACCCGAGUGGCUACGCCUCAAACUUUUUCGGGAGAGUUUGGAGCCCAGGAACGGCGCGGCCUGUGCUGAUGUUCCCGGGGAAAUGGAGGACGAGGACGACGUGGCUUUUGAUGAUGUGCCUAUUGCGCAGGAUCGGCCCCAGGUCACCGUCGGAGAUGUGAUCCGAUGGCAGCUAGCAGCCAAUGCAGGGUUUGUACGGUCCUACCUGAGUACACUCCGCAGCGCCCUAGUCUAUAGACGACAUGACCGGACGUGGAGGGUCUUGGCCGACGAGCUUGCCAGAAGACGAGUGACGGACGCCCUACCGGGCUUGCCAGGGGGAAAGGUCUGUCUUAUAGUGGCCGAGAAGGACGUUAUUGUUGUGGGAGAUGAAUGUGCCUCGGACGCGGCGGAGAUACUUGGGGCGGACGCCGUGGAGACUCACAUCGUGAGUGGAGGGCACGAGAUUGCCAUCUCCAGAUCGAGAGACGUGAUUUCAAUAGCCGUGGGAUUCUGGAAUAGACAAUGACGGAGUACGAUCAUAGAUAUAGAAGACUUUUUUUCUUGUGUGUAGAAUCUAGUUACUCUCACAUCCCUUCUGCGUGCAGGUCAAAA